GUGGCCGCUCUCAGGUUUCUCUCUGUUGCCAGCAAGCAAACUAGCACGAAAUCAGCAUUGUGUGCUGCUGAAUCAAGGACAGUUUUUAGGCACGAUUAUCUUAUGAAUGUUAAAAAACAAAAUUGCUCCCUAAAUUUUGAAAUUAUAUAUUUCACACAUUUUUUUUAUUUAUCGCUAUAGAAGAAGUGUCUGCUAUUGUAUCUGUGCUAUACAAUGAUUCCUCGGCAUUGUUGUGUCAUAUGUGUAGAGAUAACAUUUUGAACGAUGGAAAUAUUAAGCUGUUUCAAGAGAGUAGUCAAUAUAUCUGAGCCAAUAUUAGCGGAAGAUAGUACAUGUUCUACACUUUCGUUAUCGUUAUGUGCAGUAUUAGAGCAAUUGGACAACAAAAAAGCUAUACACCAUGAUUAUCUUGUCGCUUUGUUACUCGUUUUAUUAGCAGAAUCUGGAUUUCAUGCAUUACCCACUUCUGAAUCUAUUGAUGAGUCUUCAGGAUCAUCGAUCUCUAAUCAUUUGGAGAGAAAAGUCAAAAAAUGGAAUACAAAAUUAGUUCACAUAUCUACUAAUUGGAAAUCUCAAAAUUCAGGGUUGUAUGAAAUAUAUUUUGUAUUACUUCAGUCAGGUAUUCAGUCAAAAUUAAUUGUUAAACCUGUAGGUGAUAAAUUAAUUCUGAAUAUGUAUCCAUGUAUAGAAAAUAAGAAAAUUUAUAGUAUGGUAGUGAAGACUCUACUGUAUGUGAAUCCAUACACAGAAAGACUGUGUAGUCGAUAUAGAAAUCUGAAGAGCAUAUCACAUAGGUUUAAGAAUGAAGUGGCUACUCCUGUACGUACAGAUAUAUUUUAUUCAUUAAGACUAACAAAUCCCAGUCUUCAAGGCUUGCCAGUGGAGCUUCUAAUGAUAAUCAAACAAUUUCUGAGUGAGAAGGACUUCAAAAAGAUGACAAUGGCUUUAUACAGGUGUUGAUUAUUUUAUUCUAGAAAUAAGGAAUACCUGUUCUCAUAUUGGGAACAUCAUGUGUUGUGAGAAAUGUACAUCACAAUCUAAAGAAAACAACUUAUCAGAAAUUAAUUAAGUUCUAUAAGUUUAAAACAUUUAUAUAAAAAACUUUUUAAAUGACUCAGCAAAAAUGAUUUUAAAUCAUUUUAGGGGUAAUUAAUAUAAUUGUUUUUACCUUAAUAUUGUAAUAAAUGCAUCUAAAUAUGUUAUCAAUUAGUUUGUCAAAUGUUAGAUUCACAGAACAUUGUAUCUAAUCACAACUGGAGCUACCCAAACUUAUUUUUAUCUUUAGAUUUUAUUAUAUUGACUCGAAUAAACAAUAACUAUCCAAUUGA